GCGAGAGUGAGUGAGUGAGUGAGUGAACGAAAAACUUUGAAAUAGAAAACCAAAAUAAACAUACAUAAACAGUGAAAAGUGAAAAUUCCACUACUCCGGUCUAGUACGCAAAAAGAGUAUUAUUGAAUUAUUAUGGCACCUAAGAGAAGAACACUGACAAACAAUACUCCUGUAAAGAAGCAGAAAGUAGAAGUACCAAGUCCUGAAGAAUUUAAGCAAUUUUAUUCAUCUACUAUUAAUUUAGUACUUAAUAUUAAUGAUGAUAAGACAAAUGAACAAUUAUCAGGACCAUUUGUUAAAUUACCAUCGAAAAAGUUAUAUCCAGAUUAUUAUCAAUUAAUUGAACAUCCUAUUGCUAUUUCUGAUAUUCAAAAGAAAGCAUCUCGUGGUAAAUAUUCUGAUAAUUCAGCUGAUGAAUUUUUAAGUGAUUUUAAAUUAUUAUUAGAUAAUGCUAUUAAAUAUAAUGAUCCAGAAUCUUGGAUUGUAACGAGUGCUCAAAGAAUUUAUGAUUUUGUUCAUGAUCAAGUUAAAGAAUUUGAUGUAGGCAAACCUCAUCAUAAAUCAUUAAAGUUAAAACUUAAACAUUCAGAUAUACCACAAGAAGAAGUUACUUUAACCAAUUUACCAACACUUUGUAAAAAUAUAGUUAAUACAAUUGUAAAUCAUGAAUUCCCAGAUGAUGGAAUAUUAAGUGGACCAUUUAUGGAUGAUGUUGAUACUGAAGAAUAUCCUGAUUAUCUUAAAUUUGUUACAAAUCCAACAUCAUUCAAUUCAGUAUUAAAUCAUUUAGAUAAUAAAAAGUUCUUUUCCCCUAAAGCAUCAAUUUUAGAUAAUUUACAAAAGUUUUAUGAUGCUGUUGAUUUAAUAUUCCUUAAUGCUCAGGCUUAUAAUGAUCCAUCUUCAGAAAUUUAUCAAGAUACUCUUAAACUCAAAGAUUUAUUUGUUGAACAAUUUGAAGAAUUGAAAUCAAGAGUUGAACAUGAUUCUAAAUCUUCUACAAAAUUAAAAUUAAAAUUGGCUCCAUCCAAACCAAAACUCAAAAUUAAACUUGCUGCAACUGCUGAAACUGAAGAAGUUGAAGAUACCAAAAAGAAAAGUAGGAAGAGAAGUAAACAAUCAGUAAAAGAAGAAAUCGAAGAAGAAAAUGGUAACCUUGAAGAUGAAGAAGAUACUGCUAAUACAUCAACAAAUAAAGAACCAGAAGUACAACAAUCUACCGAAACAAAACCUAAAGCUGAAAUAGUUACUGAAAAGGGGACUGCUAAUACAUUAGGUAAAUCUCUUCCAAGUAUACCAGAAUCGGAUUGUAUAAUCCAAGAAUCAGCCAUACUAUCAUCACCAUCAGUAGCUGCUACCUUACCUCAACACAUACAACAAAGAUAUAAUCAAUUAAAUAUCCCAUUGCUGAGACAACAAGAUCUUAAAAAGGCCUUAUUUCCAACCCAUCCAGUUAUUCCUACUGGUUCAGUUAUAGAAUAUAGAGUUCCUAGUAAUGGAUAUGCUCAACAAUCUUAUUCCUUUUCACUUGCUCCAGAAAUACUGCCUUAUGUAUCCUUUAGAGUAGGAUUACACUAUCUUCUUUAUGCUAUCAAAAAGGACGAUUUAAUUAAUGGUCAUGGAUAUUUAAAUCUGACAUCAGAUGAAGAUUUCCAAUGUAAAUUAUAUGUUAAUAAUGAAGAAGUUUCAAAUGGUGGAGAUUGUUUUGAAGAUAAAAGAGAUGACGCUAAUCUCCUUGGACUUCUGUAUGACAUUAAAUUGAAUUAUGGUUUAAAUGUCAUUAACUUUGAAUGUAAAGUAGCACCAGCUUUAAGUAAACAAAUUAAGAAAAGCAUUGCCAAUGAUGCAGCUGAAGAAUCUGGUGGCAGACAUACAAGACAUCAACUUCAACAAUUAAAGAUGAGUUGGGAUGUAGAAACUAUAAGUUUUUACAUUAUUUGUAACGCUGUAUAAUAAAUAAUUCUGUACGAUAUUAUGUAUCAAAUAAUCUAUGU